AUGGCCGAAUACGCGGCGGCAGCCAUCACGGCUCUGACGACAUCAGCGGCCAUCGUCAGCAGCUCGACGGCACACAGGCGGCAGAUAUACAAUAGAGGAUGCAACGGCAUCGAGAACCCGCCCUGGCAGCGCCGUCCCCCCUUCACGAGCAUGUCUCUUCGACGUGCGAGCGCUUACUACGGCCAGCCAUCAUUAUGCUACCCGCCCGGUUUACACGAGCACCAUGUGCAUCACGCCGAGUGCCCGGCCUCGCAGUGUCACUACAGAGCCUUCCUCAUGGAUUCGAUCCAGCGGUACAACGAAGCCAGGCGGGCCCUACGAGAUACGUACGUGUGGAAUCUACGCGAGUUAGCCUACGUACACGCGGCGCAGCGGCACAAGCCGGCCAGUGAAAAGGCCGCCGAGGCCGAUCGCCUCUACGAGUACUACGUCUCGCGUGUCCGAGACGUCUUUGAAGAACAUCGCUGUGAUCACCGCCGGUUGUUCGGCCAGGACUACCUAUAUUGGGCGCAGCCCGAGCGUGAGGACUACGUCAGGCUACUAUUACGCGACCGGCCUAAAAGCAGGAUCGCCAGUCGUAUUGAAAAUUCUAGUAGCGACACUAGCGGCAAUAGCGAGAAGCGAGGUACUGAUUCCACCAACACUAAGGAUAUGCAAGGAGAGAGGGAAGAACGUUUGGAAUGCGCAGGGGUAAAAUCAGGAGACGAAAAGAGCUCAGUCCGAGGCACAGGGGACAGAGUAAGAUGA